CUACGCCCUCCCCAAGCUCUUCUCUUUCCCUAUAAAAACCCAUUUCAUCUCUUUCUCUGCUCCUUCAGGGAUCUCUAAAAUCUUGAAUCCCUCGAUUCUCCGUUAUUGAAUUGCCCAAAAUUUCAGAAAAAGAAAAAAAUUUGCCCAAAAUGUCUCUCGCUAGCACCUCCAUUAUUCCCACCAAAUCCCUCUUUCCCUCCAACAAACCCCACCAACCUUCUUUUUUCACCAACCCCUCCCGAUCCGUCCUCCACAUCUCCGCCGUCCAUGCAGCCGAGCCCUCUAAUAAUCCCAUUGUCUCCGAUAAAGCUGGGAAACAACAGUUGACAAAAACAUCUACAUCAUCACCAGCAGCUGCGGCUGCGCCUACUACCAAUGAGUUUCCUGGGAAAUGGAGCGUGGACAGCUGGAAAUUGAAGAAGGCUUUGCAGCUUCCUGAAUACCCUGAUAGGGAGGAGUUCGAAUCGGUGCUCAUGACCCUGGAUGCUUUCCCUCCUAUUGUGUUCGCUGGUGAGGCUAGGAGCUUAGAGGAGAGGCUCAGUGAGGCUGCAAUGGGCAAUGCUUUUUUGUUGCAAGGGGGAGAUUGCGCUGAGAGUUUUAAGGAGUUCAAUGCCAUUAACAUCCGUGACACUUUCAGGAUUCUCCUCCAGAUGAGCGCUGUUUUGAUGUUUGGUGGCCAAAUGCCCGUUGUCAAGGUGGGACGGAUGGCGGGUCAAUUUGCGAAGCCAAGAUCGGAGCAUUUUGAGGAAAGGAAUGGAGUGAAGUUGCCUAGUUACAGAGGGGACAACGUGAAUGGAGAUGCUUUCGACGCGAAUUCUAGGGUUCCUGACCCACAGAGGAUGAUCAGGGCUUACAGCCAAUCAGCAGCAACUUUGAAUCUUCUUCGGGCGUUUGCCACCGGUGGAUAUGCUGCCAUGCAGAGGGUUACUCAGUGGAAUCUGGAUUUCGCACAAAAUAGUGAGCAGGGAGACAGGUACCGGGAACUUGCACAUCGUGUAGAUGAGGCCCUUGGAUUCAUGUCUGCAGCUGGUCUCACUGUCGACCAUCCUAUUAUGACGACAACUGAGUUCUGGACAUCCCAUGAGUGCUUGCUUUUGCCAUAUGAGCAAUCACUAACCAGGCUGGAUUCAACUUCUGGCCUCUACUAUGACUGCUCUGCCCAUUUUCUCUGGGUUGGAGAACGUACUAGACAACUAGAUGGUGCUCAUGUUGAGUUUUUAAGAGGAGUUGCAAAUCCCCUUGGCAUUAAGGUAAGUGACAAGAUGAAUCCAACUGAGCUAGUUAAGCUCAUCGAGCUUCUGAAUCCUCAGAACAAACCAGGGAGAAUAACAAUUAUCACAAGAAUGGGAGCUGAGAACAUGAGGGUGAAACUUCCCCAUCUAAUUAGAGCAGUCCGCCUGGCUGGGCAAAUUGUCACAUGGGUCAGUGAUCCUAUGCAUGGAAACACUAUAAAGGCUCCUUGCGGUCUAAAAACUCGCCCAUUUGAUGCCAUCAGGGCGGAGGUGAGAGCAUUCUUUGAUGUGCAUGAACAAGAAGGAAGCCACCCUGGAGGAGUUCAUCUGGAGAUGACUGGACAAAAUGUGACAGAGUGCCUUGGGGGAUCACUUGCUGUGACAUUGGAUGACUUGACUUCACACUACCACACCCACUGUGACCCUAGGCUCAAUGCUUCGCAAUCUCUAGAGCUGGCUUUUAUCAUUGCAGAGCGUCUUCGAAGGAGAAGGAUCAAGUCACAAACCAUCUAUCGCCCCUAUGAGCCUGUAAAAUGGCAGCGAGGGCUCACCAAUAUGUUUGGCUUUUCACAAAGUUAAUUAACUCUUAUAAGCCCGUAUUGAUAGAACUUCUAUAAGAGUUAAUUUAUGUCAAGUACUGUAUGUGUAUAACUGAAGACGGUAAUGUUUGAGACUUGAAAAAACGAAAGAAAUAAAUGGAGAGUUGAAGGCUUCGUCCCAAUAUGAUAAA